UACAAUUCUGCACCAUUUCAGUUUUACGCACAAUGUUUACUAGCUUGUGUGCCUAAAACUAGGAGAUUGGACAUGAAGAAGACGAAAUAUAAGAAGUUCACUAUUUUUCUCGAAGAGGUAAACAAAGGAGAAGAUGGUCCAAUCGUGCAGAUCAAAAAGGUUGGGAAAGGAGCUGAUAUGAUAGAAGAGGUCAACAGGGGUCAUCCUGCAUUUCGGUCCUUUACUAUAACCGACGAAAUCAUCAAAGAUGAAGUAGAAGAGAAAGGAAAAUGUGGGCCGAAAAUUCAUGAGUAUUACUCCGUCACAGACGCAGUGCUACCAGUUUUACGAAGUCGGGGGAAUUUCUCCAAAGGCCAGUUAUUGGAAAGUACUGAAGUUCGUGAGAUAGUGACGGACUACGUGAAGAAAGAAGAACUGCAACGCGGCAAGAUAGUUCGACUCGACCCCAUUCUUGCGCAAGUCACAAGGAUAAAUGAGGAGUCCACCGACUGGAAUACCUUGAUACAAAAAGUGCAGAGCAAAAUGACGAAGACGUUUGUACUACGAAUGCCAGAUGGUCGAGAACUCAUACGAAAAAUCAACAUGCCUAAAAUCAUCUUCAAGGUCGAAACAAGAUCGGGUAACAAGAAAGUGACGUUAAUCAACAACAUCUCAGUUUUUGGCAUAGAUGUAAAGCGACUUUGUCACCAAAUUCAGGUCGAGGCUGCCACAAGUGCCACGACAGCAAAUGACGCUGUCAACUGUGAAGGACCGCAAAUCAUAGUGUUGGGAAAUCAGGUUACUUAUCUCGGUGAGCUUCUAAUGAAAGAUUAUGGAAUCGACAAGAAGUUCAUAGAAGGCCUUGAUCUUGGAAUCAAGAAGAAACGGAAAUGA